AUGGAGAGCCCCCGCCUGCGGCUGCUGCCCGUCCUGGCUGCCGCCCUGCUGCUGCUGCCGCCUCUGCUGGGCGCGCGCGCCCAGGAGGACGCCGAGCUCCAGCCCCGCGCCCUGGACCUCUACUCCGCCGUGGAGGACGCCUCGCACGAGAAGGAGCUGAUCGAGGCGCUGCAGGAAGUCCUCAAGAAGCUCAAGAGUAAACGCAUUCCCAUCUACGAGAAGAAGUACGGCCAAGUCCCCAUGUGCGACGCGGGAGAGCAGUGUGCAGUGCGAAAAGGAGCCAGGAUCGGGAAGCUGUGCGACUGUCCCCGAGGAACCUCCUGCAAUUCCUUCCUCCUGAAGUGCUUAUGAGGUGCCCACCCUUCUCCAGGGGUCCCCGGUCCCCCACUUUCCCCAGAGGACCAGCCUUCAUCACCGGGAGUUUGGCUUUAGCAACAAAUUUUGCAUUUCCCUUUGAGGGCAGGGGCUCUUUUCCCGCUGUUUCCAAAUAAAAGAAGUCAUUAGA